ACGGUGAACGAUCCUCCACAAGCACUCAUAUAAGAGAAUGUCUUCUGGAUCAUCCAAUUCCUCCACAUCAGCCCCUAAUUCUGUCACACCAACUACUGAUGCUUUCUCAACUCUCUCCAUCUCAGCACCGGCUACAACUGCAGCACAAAUGUCUUAUUUUGCCUUCCCUAAUCAAUAUCCACAUGAUUUCUCAAGCUACAACACAAGUGCGGCCUACGCCACCGCUCCUUACCCAAUGGCAACGCAUCCUCAACUGGCCAAUUUUAAUCGCUUCCAAACCAAUCAGCUGAAUUUGGGACUUACGACACAGCAGAAUAUGAUGAUAUCACGAAGAAAGCGACGUGUUCUCUUCUCACCUCAACAAGUUCACGUCCUGGAACGCAAAUUCCAAAUCAACAGAUAUUUGAGCGCCGCGGAUCGGGAAAACCUUGCGAAGAGUAUUAACUUGUCGGCAACACAGGUGAAAAUCUGGUUCCAAAAUCAACGCUACAAGUGCAAGAGACAAGAAAAAGAGAAGAAAAUGGAUGGUGGAUGCUAUCGGGAUAGUGACAGGGACACUGAUUCAGACAGAGACAAUGAUAGUAGUGGAUCACUUGGAAGUUCGAUGUCUGGAAUCAAGAAGGAAGAAGAUGAAGAUCGGAAACCAUUCAUGCCAUCAGCAGUUUCAUCUGAUACAGCUUGUCUUCCGGAUAUCUCACAACAAGCAUUCCCAUAUCAGAUGUACCCUUCGAGUUCAUAUAUGCCUCCGUUCUUCGCAUACCAAGCACCUCCUGCAAACUAUCCUCCGUCUACAUACAAUUUAUCGACAUCAGCAUUUCAUAACCUUUAGCUGACAUUCAACUAUGCUCAAUUUUUUUUUUAAUUUUCUCAAUUUCAAUCUAAAAAUCUCGUGACUCUUCUGUUCUCUUUCCUUCCCCAAUCCUCAAUGAGCUUCUCAUUUUUUUAUUCCAAAAAUUGAAAAAUCCCAACACUAAACUGGUAUGUAUUUAUAUGCGUUGUUGCUAUAUUUUUGAUAUUAUAUAAUCUUGCACAAUAAAAAUAAUUUUAAAUUUAAAA